UCCGCAUCUUCAUCUUCUACAACAACCAAUUGUUUCUACCUACUCGAGUAUCGACUAUGGCUUUGUUACUUCGCCAGACCUUUCAAACGGCCUUCCGACCUUUCAAACUUAGCACUAUCCUCUCUUCUCAGUAUUCUGCCUUUUCGUCUUGCCGCAUACUCAACUCUCCCCAGCCACCAUCUGAUGCCGCAUCAGAUCGUGAUGCCAUGCGUCGAGAGCGAAGGCGCAAGAGGCAUAUCGAGAGAUGCCAAAAUGACUCCGAGUUUCGAGAAAAAGAAUUGGAACGCGCCAGGGCAUAUCACAAGAUGCGCAAAGCAAAGGACACUGAAUGGCGUAGAGAGCAUCUGCUCGCUCCAACCAGACGCAGGUUAGAGAACAUCCGUGCAGAUCCGUCUUUGUAUCAGGCAUACCUAGCCAAAAGUGCCGCAUUCUUCCACAAAUAUCGUCUUGAGCAGCCGAGAUAUCGAUGGCGAAUUGCACUUUACGGUUGGUUCAACCGAAAUAAAGACCAUCUGUCUCAAUUCACGUGGAAACGUUGGGAGCCCAUCUACUACCCUGAAAAGGUCGAGCGGACGUGCGCCGCUUGUGGUGAGUUGAGGUUGUCUGGUACAAAGCUCUGGUUUAGGAGAAAGUCGUCCGACUCUGCUUCUGAUUCUCAGCAUGAAUACGACUGCUUUCCUUGCUAUGCCUUUUCAGAUUGGUCAAGCAUCGCGCCGAUUCAGACAAUGGGAAAAUAUCGUUUCUUUGAGCCCAGGAAUCCUGAACUCAUUGCCGUGCGUGAUUCGCUCAAAUCACCCAAAUCCGCACAACAGGAGGAUCCCAAAUGAUCUUCUCUCUGGCGUGCCCUCUUUGGACCAUCAUGCCAACAUCAGAACAAUCAUGCAUCUUGAUGGCUGUGUGGCGAGGCACAUACCGGACUACCAUAUCGAUCACAAGGCCACUUCCACAGUUCAAGCAGUACUCAGGACCAUGUCU